AGGCCGAGGGACGUGCGUAGUGCGCAUGGGCUGAGCGUGACGUUGGUGUUUGAAGUUAGCCCCGAAGCGUAAAGGCGGUAACCAGUUUCGUGAAACCUUCCUCGCGUCCAAGCCCCGGGACCCCACGUUUUGAGCCCAUUAGGAGGUGUCAUGGCGAGUUCUCUUUUUUAAGCCCCAGAAUCUCGGCUUCGGCGUUUGGGGCAAACUCAGUUCUCGUUCUAGAGCCAGUUAUUCCUGAAUUCUCGCGAUACGGGCGGGCCGACCCGAGAGCAGCCCGAGAGCCGGUAUCUCCUAGAAACUCGACCAGGCCCUCGGAGCUUCGGAGACUCGUGGAGCCAGCUUAACGCCGGCGGGCGCCGCCUGGGAUCCUGGCAGAGAUGGAUGAGGAUUUGGUGUUGGCACUACGGCUUCAGGAGGAGUGGAACUUGCAGGGGUCGGAGCGCGACCGGGCUCAGGCGCCCCUCUCGCUGGUGGACGCGUCCUGGGAGUUGGUGGAUCCAACCCCGGAUUUGCAGGCCCUGUUCGUGCAGUUCAAUGAUCGGUUCUUCUGGGGCCAGCUGGAGGCCGUCGAGGUGAAGUGGAGCAUGCGAAUGACUCUGUGUGCUGGGAUAUGCAGCUAUGAAGGGAGGGGUGGAAUGUGUUCCAUCCGUCUCAGUGAGCCGCUUUUAAAGUUGAGACCGAGAAAGGAUCUCGUAGAGACCCUCUUGCAUGAAAUGAUACACGCCUAUUUAUUUGUCACUAAUAAUGAUAAAGACCGGGAGGGGCACGGCCCAGAGUUCUGUAAACAUAUGCAUCGCAUCAAUCGCCUGACUGGAGCCAAUAUAACGGUGUACCAUACUUUCCACGACGAGGUGGAUGAGUACCGGCAACACUGGUGGCGCUGCAACGGCCCGUGCCAGGACCGGAAGCCCUACUACGGUUACGUCAAACGCGCCACCAACCGGGCGCCCUCUGCUCAUGACUACUGGUGGGCCGAGCACCAGAAGACCUGCGGCGGCACUUACAUCAAAAUCAAGGAGCCAGAGAAUUACUCCAGAAAGGGCAAAGGAAAGACAAAACUAGGGAAGCUGCCAACAGGCACAGAAAAUAAAGAUAAACCCAAAAGAGGCGAGACCCAACUGUUAAUCCCUUUCAGUGGGAAAGGAUAUGUUCUGGGAGAAACGAGCAAUUCGCCUUCAUCUGGGAAGUUUGUCACUCCAUAUGCUAUUAAUAAAACCCAAGAUCUUUUAAGUCAAGACCAUUCAGCAAAAGCUCUCAGACCUAAUUCUAAAACUGAGGCGAAAUUUGAACAGAAUGGUUCAAGUAAAAAAACUCUUCUUGCGUCCCCUGUUCUUACUACCAGUCACCAAAAUGUCUUAAGCAACUAUUUUCCCAGAGUCUCAGCUGCCAACCAGAAGGCCUUCCGAAGUGUGACUGCAUCUCCAACGAAAGGCAUAACAGUUGGUGACAUCACUAAAAACUCCAUCUCUUCUGGUUCUCAAAGAAGGGUCACCUCUUCGAAGAUAUCCCUGAGAAAUUCUUUCAAAGCACCGGAAUCAGCAUCUGUGACUGCACGCCCGGAUGUGAGUGGGCCUGAAGAGAAAUCCCCAAGUAAACGACCCAGGCUAGAAGACAAGACUAUUUUUGACAAUUUUUUUAUCAAGAAAGAGCCAGUACAAAGUGGUGGAAAUGAUCCAAAGUGGAGUUCGCAUCCUACAGCUGCGAUUCCGAAUCCCAGCAGCUCGGCCAGCCCGCACAGAAUGGUUGACUGUCCCGUGUGUCAGAAUGAAGUUUUGGAAUCUCAGAUUAAUGAGCACUUGGACUGGUGUCUUCAAGGUGAUAGCAUCAGAGUCAAAAGUUGAAAAAGUCUUGGAAAACAAAUGGGUGUCACAUGCCACCUGUAUUACUCCACUAAUACAGUGUCAGCCACUCAGGAACUUCUGGUGACUACUAAGAUUUGUAGCUUAUGAUCUAGUUGUUUUAUAUAUGCCUAUAUGAGAUCGUAACGGAAGAUGGUCUGUGUUGACAGGUGCUGUAUUUUCACCCUUGCCUUGUGUAUCCUAUAGCCCAGAGUUUAUUCUGCAUGUGUACAUGUACGAUUUUUAGGUGCUUUUGUUCUUUCUUGCUCUUAAAGGUAUUUAAAUCUGUUGAUCUUUUUACUUAUAUACUUUCCUCAAAAUAUUCAGUGAGGAAUCCUCUCAGGUAUUUGGUUAAACUGAGUAUUUCUUUAUUAAUAUUAAAACUCAGCCCUAGAACUGAAGUUAAUAUUCGGAACAUCACACGCGUUGACCAGAAUUACAAUCUAGAGGACAAAGUGUAUCAGUUGGUUAAGGGUACUCAAAGUUUUUGGUUUUUUGGUUUCUUUUUUUAAUCUUGGCAGGAAAUACAUUUUCUGCAUUUUAAAGAAUUUUAUUUCUGUCAUCACUAAAAGGUGACAGCAGGUUUUAGGUUAAAGUACAGAAGGAAUAUAAUAAAAUAAAAAUUUUAGACUAUUACUCCUGCAAUCCUGUAGGCCAGGGUGAGCGGUUUUCUCAAAAUGCAGCCAGAUGAGUGGGUCAGGUGCUUAAGUAACUGGCUAAGUAACAUCAGAGUUGCCUAGUUUAUGUGAACAGUGGAACAUUAUCUGGAAACAGUAUUACGAACCUUAAGCCAAAGUUGUAACCAUUAUAAUAAAAAGGAAUACCAUUUGUGUAUUUAAAAAGUAUAAUUCUCUUUAAAAACAUUGCUUUCCAUGUUAUAGCAAAGAGACAAAGAUACUUUUAUCACUUUAUGGCUUUCUCAUGGCUGUACUUCUAGCAUGUUGGCAUUUCCCCAGGAGUUUAGUUCACAGGUUUUCUUUUUUUCUGACGUUUGUUGCAACAUGACCUGCACACACCUGAGGGGCCAGCUCCUAAGUGUGAACUUUGACAUCGUGCUCUCCUGGGCGACCGUCACCCGGGUCAGGGAGGGGAGACGGCGGCUCCCGCAGGGGGUGGCUGUGCGGGUGCCUCUUCCUGGUCCACAGCCGCAACCUCCAGAGGUAACCACUGUUUACGUCUCAUCACCACAGGUUGCUUGAGCUUGUCUUUGAACUUCAUAAAGCACUACCCUCAUUGCCACGCGUCAAAGUUCAUUCUAUUUCAUUGCUCUGUAGUGUCUGUCUGAAUAUGCCGGAGUUUAUCCAACUGUUCUGAUAUUCAUGGACGUGGGAAUGAGUCCCAAUCUGGGGCUGGCUGUUAUGAAUAAUGCUGCUAAGAACAUUCUUACUCUUUCUGUUGGGUGUGUACCCGGGACUGGAAGUGCUGGGGCACAGGGUAUGUGCAGGCUUGGCUUUAGUAAAUUCUGCCAGCGAUGUAGGAGAGUUCCAGUUUGUCCAUCUAUCUUCACAGUAGUAUCAGUCCUUUUCAUUUUAGCUCAUCUGGUUGAGUGUUGACAAGUUGUGUUUCUUAAGUAUGAACUUGAAAAAUAGUAUUUAAUAAAUACUUGUAGAUAAAGGA